GAUUUCUGUUGUUCUUCUCGUGAUGAAGUCUUAGCCGUACGAUACUGUUGUCUCGGGGAGUUGUACUGCUUCUGUGUUAUUUUCCAGAUGUUGCUCGAUAUAUCCCGGUGUUGGAGGCGCGUGUUAUUUAUAUGCAUAGGUUGCGAAUCGUUUUGCGGCAAACUGUUGCGUUGCUUUCGUUUCUACUGACUGGAUGGCCGAUGCAGUCGAAAAAUACUGAUACUCGGGGUAUGGCAUCCAGAUACCUUGGUUUUGGCAGCAGGACCUUGGGCUGGCAGCAUGUAGUGUCUAUUGUACGCGUCAUUCUGGAACUGAUAUUCCAUUUGUUGGGGCGCUUUGGAACCAUUCUCUGUCGUUACGUGGAAGGUCAAUUUGCUGUGGGUCAAAUAGUUAGCUAAGCAUCUGAUGCUCAACAGCAGGGUUGUUGGGUCAGGAGGUAGGAGUCUAUAGAGUCAAAUUCAAAAUCUAUUAUUAAC